GCCCGCCCGCUCCGCUCCGGUGCCGGUGCUCAGGUGCCCGCUCUGACCCGACCCGGUGCCGGUGCUCAGGUGCCCGGUCCGGUCCGCUCCGUACAGGUGCUCCGCCGGCCCGGUCCGCCCGUGGCAUUCGGGACCGGCAUCCCUAAGGUGUCCGCCCCGUCCCGCACCCCCUGUGCCCCGUCCUAAUCCCCACGCAUAGCCCGGUCCUGUCCCCGCACCCCGUUCGGUCCUGCCGGGCUCUCCCGCUGACCCGUCCCGGUGCCCCCGUUCCCUGCCCGCUCCCCGCGCCCCGCGUCCCGCCCGUGUCACCCCCCGCCACCGUCGGUGCCCCUCUGCCUGCGCCCCCGUGCCCGGUGCCCGCGGCUUCCCCUCCCCGCGGGACGGGACGUGGCACUGGGCUGUCCCGACUCCUUCCCGGGACACAGGUGAGGGUGGGUCAGCGCCGGUGCCGCUCCGCCCCCGCCGCCCCCGCAGCUCCGGUGUCCCCGCCAUGGCCGGCUGCGGGGCCCCGGGACCCCUGCCCGGGCCGAGCGGCCCCGGCUCCGCGCUGGGAGAGGAGGAGGAGGAUGAAGAGCCGUCCCUGGGCUGCGACGGGGAUCUGGAGGUGAAUCCCUACGACGGGCUCCCCUUCUCCUCCCGCUACUAUGAGCUGCUGAGGCAGCGCCGGGAGCUGCCGGUCUGGACCACCAAGUACAGCUUCAUGGAGCACCUGGAGGGGAACAGCGGCAUCGUCCUGGUGUCCGGCCCGCCCGGCACCGGCAAGAGCACCCAGAUCCCGCAGUGGUGCGCCGAGUACGCUCUGUCCCUGCAGUUUGCCCAUGGGCUGGUGGCCUGCACCCAGCCCCACAGCCUGGCUGCCCUCAGCCUCUCCCUGCGCGUAGCCGACGAGAUGGACCUGAACCUGGGCCACGAGGUGGGCUACUGUGUGCCCCACGAGGACUGCUGCACUGCCGAGACCAUCCUCAGGUUCUGCUCGGACGAGAUGCUGCUGCGGGAGAUGACGUCGGACCCGCUGCUGCGGCAGUACGGGGUGGUGGUGCUGGACGAGGCGCAGGAGCGCACGGUGCCCACGGACGCGCUGCUGGGGCUGCUCAAGGACGUGCUGCGCCAGCGCCCGGCGCUGCGGCUCGUGGUGGUCACUGCCCCCGCCCUGGAGCCGCGGCUGCGCGCCUUCUGCGGGGACCCCCCGGUGGUGCGGGUCCCGGGGCACAGCCCCCCGCCACAGCUGCUCUACCGGGAGCCGCCGGCCCACGGGCGCGUGGCCGCUGCCUGCCAGGCCGUGCUGGACAUCCACGGGCGCCAGGAGCCCGGCCACGUCCUGAUCUUCCUGGCCAGCGAGCAGGAGAUCUCCGAGUGCUGUGCUGCCAUCCAGACGGAGGCCGUGGCGCUGAGCCCGGCGCUGGGCCCACUGCUGGUGCUACCGCUGAACCCCGGGGUGGGCCGGGCCGCACAGCGACUGUACGAGGUGCCCGAGGAGAGCCGGGAGCGGCGCGUCAUCGUCACCCACUGGCUCGGGGACUCGUCCUUCUCGCUGGGCACCGUGCGCUUCGUCAUCGACUCGGGGCUGGAGCUGCGCAGCGUGUACAACCCUCGCAUCCGCGCCGAGUCCCAGGUGCUGCGGCCCAUCAGCCGGAGCCAGGCAGAGUCGCGCAUGCAGCGGGCAGCUGGCAGCCCCCCAGGCACCUGCCUGCGCCUGUACUCGGAGGCCUUCGAGCAGCACCUGCCCCCCAGCCCCGCGCCCCACGUCAGCGAGACCAGCCUGAGCCGCCUCGUGCUGCUGCUGAAGCGCCUGGACAUCGCUGACAUGGGCCAGUGUGACUUCGACCGCCCAGCCCCCGAGUCGCUGAUGCAAGCACUGGAGGACCUGGACUACCUGGCGGCUCUGGACGACGAUGGGAACCUGUCGGAGGUGGGGAUCAUCAUGUCGGAGUUUCCACUGGACCCACAGCUGGCCAAGGCCCUCAUCGCCUCCUGCGAGUUCGACUGCGUGGAGGAGAUGGUCAGCCUGGCUGCCAUGCUCACAGCAUCCCCCUGCUUCGUGCCCCCAUCCACACACCUGGAGGAGGCCGUGGCUCUGCGCCGGCGGGCACUGCUGCACCCCAACGGGGACCACUUCACCCUCAUCAACAUCUUCAAUGCCUUCCAGCAGCACGCCGGGGACGAGAGCUGGUGCCGGAAGCACGGGGUGGGCGCGGAGGGGCUGCGCCUGGCGGGCACCGUGCGCGCCGAGCUGCUGGAGGUGAUGCGGCGCAUCGAGCUGCCCGUCUCACCGCCCGCCUUCGGCUCUGACGCCAACGCCCUCAACAUCCAGCGGGCCCUCAUCUCCGGGUACUUCCUAAGGUGGGUCCAGGACUGUGGGGGGCUGCGGUGGGCCGUGGGGGGUGUGCCAGCCACCCCGCUCCCUCCUGCUUGCUCCCAGGUCGCCCGUGACAUCGAUGGCUCUGGCAACUACGUGAUGCUGACACACAAACACGUGGCACACCUGGCCCCCGCCUGCGGGUACCUGCUGCGGCCACCCCCCCGCCGCCUGCCCCCCUGGGUGCUCUACCACGAGUUCAUCUCCCAGGACAACUGCCUGCGCGUGGUCUCGGAGAUCCAGCCCCAAAUGUUGGUGGAGCUGGCCCCCCAGUACUACCUGAGCAACCUGCCACCCAGCGAGGGCCGGGACCUGCUGAUGGAGCUGCGGGAGAAGGUGGUGGCGACAGAGGAUGCGCCAGCGGGGCCGGAGCCGCUGGAGGAGGCGGCCGGACGGGAGGCUGUGAGGGGGACGUCUGUGUCCUGCAGUGAGCCGGAGCACCAGAGCCCCAGCAGGGGCUGUCUGGGCUUGGCUGUGACACUGGAGAUGGGGGAGCCCUGGAGGGUCCCUGGGGGGGCCGUGCGGCUGCAGGGGCUGUCCCUGGCCCCAGGGAGGUGUGGGCACGACCGGGCACGGCCCCAGCGCUGCACCGCGGGCAGUCGUGGGCCAGCGGCCGUGGGGCCACCCGUGGCACCUCAGAGCACGGACUGGGGAGUGCUGGCCCCGGCCAGGGAGUUGUGUGGGCCCUCCCCACCGGGCUCCUUCCCCCUGUCUUUUCCCAGGGUUCUGCUGGGGUGGAGGCACCGCUUGUCCUGCUGCCCCCACGCCUAGGGCCGAGGGCCCACACACGGGUCCCUCCUGUAUAAAGUUUUGUGACCUUUGCUCCUGG